AUGUACAGUCAAUUAUACAGUCCAUGUUUAUUUCAGCAGUUACCUGUUUUCCAUGAAAAAACUAUCUUAAGGCAAGCUCCUUUAUUCCAAGAUUUUGCAAACAAUAGAUGUAAUAGUAACGAUAGAGUUAUAUUAACCACGAAAGAGAGUUCAAAAGGUGUAUUGCUGACAUUCCAGAAACAAUUACCUUACAACAAAUACUAUCAAGCCAUUGAAGAACAAUACCACAAUAUUAAACAAACCAUAAAACCAACAUAUCGUAUUGUCACCGAUUUUUUUGGAAAUCAAUAUUAUGUAGCCAAUCAAAUAGAUGAACAAGCUGUUCUUGAUCAAAUUGAUUGUAAUGCUGUUGGACGUAAGUUAGCUAAAGAAAUGUUUCAAGAUUACUCAUUGGAAUUAUCCCACGAUGGUUCAAAAUUAGUUGUUUGUUCUUCAAGAGAUAACAUCAAUGAAAAAUUACAAUUUAACUCUUUCAUAUCGGACUUCCAAGUAGUAGGCUGUGGUGUGAUUAAUGAAAAUACCGCUGUCUUAAAAAUUGAUGUUAUCUUUGAAACAAAGAAAGAAUUAUUAGAAGCCCAAUAUCAAAAAGAGGAACAAGAAGAUGAAAAGAAAAGACUUGCAGAAAUUAAAGAAACUGAAAGGAUAUCUAGAUUAGAACAAGAAAGAAUAAGGAAGCAAAAGGAAGCUGAAAGAAUUGCAUUGGAGAAAGAAAGACGGGAAAAAUCGGAAAGUACUAUGAAACUAAAAGCCAAGCAAGAAUUAGAAAAGAAACUUGCUUUGGAAAAGGAGCAAAAGGAACAAGAAAGACGUGAAGAAGAAUUAAAGAGGAAGCAAGAAGAGGAAAGAAGAAUCAAAAGAGAAAAGACACUUCAAGAACAUAUUGAAUAUCAAAGAAGUUUAGUUGAAGAAGAACGAAGAAGAAAGCAAGAAAAAUUACAACAAGAAUCUCUUUUGGCUUCUAAGCUAGAUGCGAUGGUAAGUGAUUCAAAUAACGUUGUCAAUAUUAAUAUUAAUUUUCAUAAUGAGAAUGAUAAUGAUAUCAGCGGUUAUGAAAGUUCUGCAGUAGAAUCAGCUGUAUCUGAUAGUGAAGAUUCAGAAACUAGCAUUUCUCACUCCUUAAGAAGAUAUUCUAGCCCUGUUCUUGAAGAGGUAGAGGAUGAUGAAAUGAGUAGAUAUAAUGAAUCACUUAUCAAAUCUCCAAGAGGGACCUCUAUAAUAGAAGAUGCAUAA